AUGUAUCAAAUCAGCAAUAUCUACGUUCUUGCUGCCUUUGGCACUAUCGGCGGUGCGUUAUUCGGCUUCGAUGUUAGCUCGAUGAGUGCAUGGCUCGCAGCUCCCCAAUAUCUGGAGUACUUCAAUUACCCAAACUCGAAUGUCCAAGGAGGCAUCACAGCUUCCAUGAGCGGAGGCUCUUUCCUCGGUGCUCUAGCUGCUGGGUUCCUGGCAGAUAAAUGGGGACGGAAGGUUGCUCUCCAGAUUGCCUGCGUGAUCUUUAUGGUCGGAUGCGUAAUCGUCUGUGCUUCACAGAACGUUGGUAUGCUUAUUGCCGGCAGAAUCAUCAAUGGUUUGUCUAUUGGAAUAUGCUCAUCACAAGUUUGUGUCUAUCUCGCCGAGCUCUCACCUGCCAAGAUCCGUGGUCGUGUCGUUGGGAUCCAGCAAUGGGCGAUCGAAUGGGGCAUCUUGAUCAUGUACUUAUUAUGCUAUGGUACCCAGCGCACCGUUGAAGGCCCAGCUGCGUUUCGUAUUGCAUGGGGAGUCCAGGCCAUACCAGCAUUCAUCCUAUUAGGUGCUCUAUUCUUCUUUCCAGAGUCACCUCGUUGGUUGGCAGGCAGAGAGCGCUGGGAAGAGGUUCAUACUACACUGGCAAACUUACAUGGAAAUGGAGAUCCUAGCGAUACCAUUGUCCUUGCUGAACUGGAGGAAGUCCGCAAAGCUCAAGCUGUUGCCGCGCAGGCUCAAGGGGUUGGCUUCAUGCAACUCUUUGGACCGAAGAUCUGGAAACGAACGCUUGCUGGUACUUCGGUGCAGAUGUGGCAGCAGUUGCUUGGUGGGAACGUCGCGAUGUACUACGUGGUCUACAUCUUCCAGAUGUCUGGCAUGUCUGGCAAUACUUCACUAACAUCGUCCAUCAUUCAAUACGUCAUAUUCCUUGUCACCACUGGCUGUAUGCUACCCGUCAUUGACAGGUUUGGACGCAGACAACUACUUCUCGGCGGAGCUUUUGUCUGCAUGAUCUUGCACUACACUACUGCCGCUGUAAUGGCGACUUACGGCGUACCCGUCGAUCAAGUUGAUGGAAACUCCAAUCUCCGUAUUCUGAUAACCGGUGCUCCUGGAAAGGCUGUAAUAUCCCUGAGCUACAUCUUCACUGGCAUCUAUGGUCUAACAUGGGCCCCGAUCGGUUGGAUCUACGCCAGUGAAGUUUUCCCACUGAAGUAUCGAGCAAAGGGCGUCGGUCUCAGUGCUGCCACAAAUUGGAUCUUCAACUUCGCCCUAGCAUACUUCCUCCCACCAGCCUUCACUAAUAUUACAUGGAAGACGUACAUUGUCUUCGGCACUUUCUGUACAGCGAUGAUCUUCCACAUUUUCUUCACCUACCCUGAGACUGCUCGCAAGUCACUCGAGGAAAUCGAUAUCCUGUUCGACAGCAACAUCCCGCCAUGGAAAUCUGCCAAAGCACAAGCAAGUGUCUUGGACGAGCGUGCGUUCCAGGUUGAACACAAGAAUGAAUCCAUAGACGAGAAAAUUGAGACGGUUGAUAUUGUGUAG